CUGAUAGGUGGCACUGAUUAGCAUUGAUAGGUGGCACUGACUGGCACUGAUGGGUGACACUGAAAAGCAGCUCAGAUGGGCACUGAUAUGUGGUAUUGAUGUGCACUGGUGUGCACUGAUAUGUGGCACUGACGGGCACUGGCACGAGGCACUGACAUAAGGCACUGAUGGACACUGACAGGUGGCACUGCUGGGGCUACACUGAUAAUCAGGGCACACUGAUCAUCAGUGCCCUGCGUGACAGCUUGAGAGGAGAGAAAUG